AUGCUUCGUUAUUCAGUCUCUCAUGUUCUAAAGUUGAUGGAUGGCCAGAACAAUUUGAUCUCCGAGAAUGAAGAAACAAAAGCUGAGCGUCUAGAACAUUUCCGAAGAAAUGAUACCUCAAAGAGUUUGGUCUUCGUUAGCCCCUAUGACAGUCGUCCGAACUCUCCUUCUCACCAAGGAUCUGAACUCAAGAAGGAGGACAAUCUUUCUUCUGAAAUGGUAAUUAAAACGAAAGAUGCAUCUGCUUCUGAGGUUAUGGACAAACAGCGAGAUUUAGACGCAACUAUAGGUGAAAAAGGACGUCUUAAUAGACUAAUAGAUGCCUAUUCAAUCAUUCUGACUUCUGUUGGAGAAGAUGUUAAUAGAGAAGGAUUGCUCAAAACUCCCGAAAGAGCUGCCAAAGCCAUGCUCUACUUUACGAAGGGUUAUAAAGAAUGCCUUGAUGAAGUCCUCAACCACGCUAUCUUUAAUGAAAACCAUGAAGAGAUGGUUAUUGUGAAGGAUAUUGAAAUGUACUCAAUGUGCGAACACCAUAUGGUGCCAUUCAUGGGAAAAGUUACUGUUGGUUACUUACCAAAUGGCAAGGUGAUUGGUUUAAGCAAGAUUGCUAGGAUUGUUGAGCUGUAUUCACGACGUCUUCAAGUUCAAGAGAGACUAACUAGACAGAUCGCUGAAGCGUUGGACGCUGCUCUUGAUCCAAAGGGAGUUGGAGUGGUUAUUGAAGCUGCUCAUAUGUGCAUGGUUACGAGAGGAGUUCAAAAGGUCAAUGCUUCUACGGUUACCAUGGCAAUGCUAGGAGAACUGGAAAAAAAUCCGAAGAUGCACAGAGAUUUCAUGACAUUGAUUGGAAAGCAUUAA